AUGCUUUCCUACUCUUUUAAAACUUAUGAGGUUAGAAAAGAGACGAUUGAUGCUUUUCUCAUUAAAAUAGAGUUGGACGAUGAGAAAAACAACGACAGAGCAGCAUACAAGAGAAAAUAUCGUCAAAUUACCCACAGACAAGAAAGUAAGGAAAAGAGAUUUUUGGCAUUGAAUCAAAAAUUUUUAAGGCAUUUUUCUUGA